GUAGCUGGAGCCGGUGGCAAAAUUAAUCAGCUUCUUAGGGAUCUCAGUAGUAGGUUAGGCUCUUUCAAUAUUACUAAUUUAUUUUUAUAAGUGUUGUGAGUCUUGACUUUCAUAUAGCAAAUCUAGUGAUAAAUAUAUUCUAUUUGUGGUCAGCAAGAACCACUUUGUUUUGUAUAAGGGUGAAUUAGCACCAAAAAGACCAAAGACAAUACAAUUUAUGAUAGUCCCAAGAAGCCAGUGCCAUUUCACUAAGCAGAUUGGCUUACUACAAUACUAAGUAUAACACAAGACUGAUCUGUUUGUUUGAUAUUAAUAGUCGAUAUUUAUGUCCGAAUUGAGCCGAAUGUAACGUGAAUUUUCUCUCCCUACAAGAUAUUGAACUGUUGAGAAUUUGGAGGAGUGUCAAAUUAAAAUGUUCAACACGACAAUGUACCAGCAGCAACCUAUGUUGAUUCAAAUCUCAGAGGACCAGUUGCAUCAACAUUAUCCGAUGAAGGAGCGUAAAGACAAUACUGUAAAUUACAUGAAGAGGGAAGUCGCUCACAACACUCAGAAUGGGGCCCACCACUACCAACAUGGCAGAUCUAACGGGAAGAAGCACAACCAAUGGUCCAACAACUACAAGAAUAUAAGGAUCCUGUCAGGGUUUGGGAGCCAGCCACAGGCACAGGAGACCCUGUCCAUGCGGCCACCAUCCCGUGAAUCUCAAACUGACAGCUCUACGGAGGAUCUCAACGAUCUCACCAGUAAAGGACUGAAGCGGCUCCAUGAGCUGAACGGAUCUCAUCCCCAUGUGAUACAUUCCUACACACUGAGCCAGCCUCUGCCGCACUACCAACCGCAACGCAGCCAUAGCCCCCACCAGGGCUACCAACCCCACAAACGCAGACAUCAGAUGGCUAAGUUUGGCUCUCCCCCCCACGCCCGCAGGAACAAACACCCAACUGUUGGGCCCGUCAACUAUCAGCAAGUGCCAGACCGGUAUCUGGCACGCAGUAAGCUGGUGGAGGUUCGCGAAACACCGGAGCAACUGAUUACAGGUAGCAAGUGGGACCAGCUGUCGUCUGCCAUCUGGACUAAGUUCAUCAACAAUCAGCAGACGACCAAUGAUUAUGUCAAUAAGAUGACGCUUUUCAAACAUCUCUAUUCUCACAUAAAGGUGUGCCUGCGCUACAGUGUGUUUGUGGUUGGUUCUACCUUCAAUGGUUUUGGUACCAGCUCGAGUGAUCUGGAUCUGUGCCUUGUGAUCCGUAACCAGCAGUUAUUAGACCUCAGAGCAGAUGCCAUCCAUCACCUGAUUAAUACUCUGCAACUCUUCUCUCGCAUCAACUAUACAGGAACAGAGUUCCAGAAGCUGGAGCUGAUUGAGGCGAAAGUGCCACUGCUUAAGUUCCACCACAGUCUUGGUGUGGAUGUGGACGUCAACUGUAACAAUUCAGUGGGCAUCCGUAACACUCACCUGCUGCACUGCUACUCCAUGGCUGAUUGGAGGGUGAAGCCACUAGUGCUGGUGGUGAAGCUGUGGGCUCAGUACCAUGAGAUAAACGAUGCCAAGAACAUGACCAUCUCGUCCUACUCUCUGGCCCUCAUGGUCAUUCACUUUCUCCAGUAUGGCACCCAGCCGGCUGUGUUGCCUUGUCUGCAGCUGGACUUCCCACAGAAGUUUAGACAUGAUCAGGAGAUCCACGACAUCAAUAUGUUGGAAACACUGGAACUACGUGCCUCCAGCAACACACAGACACUCGGCGAGCUGCUGCUCCAGUUUUUCCACUACUACAAUAACUUCAACUAUGGAGAAGACGCUAUCUCUGUGCGUCUGGGGAGCACUCUGCCCAUCGAGCGUUGCAGAAGAUUUCCCAGCCCCAAAAACGAACCAAGAGCGUGGACCUACCUGUGUAUCGAAGAGCCAUUUGACCAUACGAACACAGCAAGAUCAGUGUACGACCAGGAGAAGUUUGAACACAUCCGCAAGGUGUUCGCCGUAUCAUACCAGCGGCUGCAUGACACUCUCUCACUCGACUCAAUCUUCCAUCUGCGGGUCGCGUGACCCCGACUACGAGACUGCACCGGGCUGUGAUUACUGUUACUGACAUAUCCGUUAUCCUAUUGUGGUUGUCACUAAGUUACCAAUACGUUCGUUAAGUACAGCAGCAGAAGUUGGGCCAGCGGUUAGGAGCCACUUCAAAAAAAAACAAAAAUAGGAAAAUAACAAAAAAAAUAUAAAAUAAUAUAAAAACCCAAAAAAAGUUAAAAACUUUUUUAAAAAAACCCACUUAAGGAACUUUUUAACAAAAAAAUUGACUCCAUCCAAGUGUUGGAUGAGCUCAGGGUAAUAUAUUGUCUGCAUUCCGGAAGUAGUUAGCCGUUUUGUGUUAAUAAAUAUGCAGCGAAACAAUCGUUGCAAAACUACCUCAAAGUAAUGCCUGGAUUUAACUGAACUCAAAAGACUUUUAUGUUGUAUUUUAUUCUACCUUUUAUAUUUUUAUUUUCAUGUUCGAUAUAUUUUAAUCGUUAUUCCAUCGUCUGUAUCUAUAUAAUUCCGUUUAUAGUACGUUGAAAUAACUCACAAUGGUUCGUUUUAGUUAGUAAUAGUUUUGUAAGUUUUCACAAGUCAUAUCCUAACUGUCAUGAGAAAUUGUUUUAUUUAUGCGUCUCCAAAACAUUUGAUUUAAUUUAUGCUUUAAAGCACUCUCUCUUCUUUUUGUAUACACUAUUUUUUUUUAAUUUACCUUUCAAAAGAAUUUGUUUUUCAUAAUUAAAACUUAGCAGUGGUGUAUUAAAUUGAAGACGAGAGCUUUUUUUUAUUAUUUAUAUUGUUGGCAAUGCAAAAAAUUCAGAGUAAAAAGGAGAGCUUGGGAAUAUCACACAAGCCUACAUAAUGUUUUCUUCUCACACUGUAAAAAAGCAGUGUCACACUAAUCAACACAUGUUUUUGGUGCGACCUCUGUACAUUUAAAAAAAUGUUUUGUUAAUUUAUUCACUAACUUAAAUAGACUCAUAAUUUCAUGUAAACAAAAUAAGACUAUCCAAAAAUUCCCAAGCACUAACAGCUUGUUUUAGUUUAAAAUUUUUUUGUUGCUUAUUGGGCACUAUAUUUUUUUUAAAGUUUGUCUUAAGUAAUAUCAAUAGACAUUACAAAGACUAAAUCGAAUAUAACUCUUGAAAAACAAUCAACUGUGGUAAAUUUUAAAUAUGAACUUGUCUAGUGUUGGAACUGUCUCAAAUUUAACCAAUUAGAUUGAUACUCUCGGUCUUGCAUAUUUAAAUACACUUUGUUCGAAUUAUAUGUAUAAUUUCCAAGAAGUCAGUUUUGACCAACCUUCACUUCAAUUUACGUAUAGAGUUAUUUGAGGUUUUACUAUUCAUGUCUUUAUUUAAUUAAAGUCAUAUACCACUAUUCCAGAGAACAUGAUCUGAACUUCAAGGUUUUGAAUUUCAGUGUAAUAAUAUUUUUUUUCUGACACUCCCAAAAUUUAUAAUUUUAGCAUUUGCAACUUUACACAAAUAUAACCAUUAAAUUAAUAUCCAACAACAAACCCAUAAUAAUAUAUUUUUAGUAAUUGAACCCAAUUAAAUAAUAUUUGUAUAAAUUAUUUUAGUGAGAUUGAUAACCAUGAUGCAAUAAAUAGCAGCUUUAAAAACUGGCCGUGUGUCCAUAAGGGUUCAGAGUUCAGACAUACUCGUGUUUUUUAUAAUUUUAUCCAAAAAUAAUAAUUUUGUUUCUUACUCGUUUUAUGGGGUAUGAAAGCCAGAUUCUAAUAAUAUUAUAAGCUUGUGACCUUAAAGGUUCAAAGUUCCGAAAGUCACUUUUUUAUAUUCCUGUCCCAAAAAAAUAUCUGGUACAUGUUUAACCCAGGUAUAAUCAAAAUAUUGGCAUGUAGGAAAAGUAUGUAACAUGGUUUAAUAAUUUAGUUCAUACAUGUGAUACUUUUUUUGCAAUGUUUCAGAAAGAUAAUAUGUUUGUACUAAUUCUUUUACCCAUAAAUAGGUAAUCAUUAUCCAAAAGUAGCAUGUUAGCAAAGCUUAAGUGUGUGUGUGUGUGUGUGUUCCUAAAGUUAGGGAAUUUAGACAUAGUUACACAUUUUUUUUAUAACCCUGGCUAAACAUAAUUUGUUAUGUAGCAAAUUUUUGACUCAGGUAUAAUGGUAUUGUCGGCAUGUUACAAAAAUAUGUGCAUGUGGCCUUAAUGAUUUCGAGUUCAGAAAUAGUGAUGAAUUUUUUUAUAAUGUUACACAAAGAUAAAGUAAUAUUUUUUGUAGUAAUGUUUUUAUCUAGAUAGAUGGUUGUGAUCCAAACAUAGCAUCAUACAAAGGCUUGAUGUGUCUUCUAUUUUUGAUGAUCCUGUCUAAAAAUGAUAAUCUCAAUAAGUACAUUUCUUGAGCUAAGUAUCAAAACGUAAAUUCAUUUAUACCCACUAUUAAAGUAAUUUGGCCUAAAUUUGACUUAGCCAGGAAAGAAUCAGUAAAGUAAUAAAUAUAUUUUCAUCUAUUUGGGUUUUGUUUCUUUUUUUUUUCCUUUUAAGAUUAUAUUAAUUUUUAAAAUUCGAAUAUCUACCCUCAAAAUGUCUGAAUUUAUAUUUUUAUAUCUGUAUUCUAAUAAUUCUAAUACUUUUAAUUUUUGUCUGAUAGAAGCUCAGUGAUGUAACUCAUUUAACAAUUGAACAUUCAAAUUGAUUUUAGAUUUACCUGUCCAUACUGUGUUGUUCAUUAUAUUGGCAACUUAUUGCCUUAUUAUGUGGACAAAGAGUAUAAACUCCAAAAUUAAAACACUAUUAAUUCAUGUAAACCAAUAAAUACUGUAAAUAAUAGAUCUGGCACCUUGAAAUAAAUAUCUGAAUAUGAAUAAUUUUUAAUUAAAUAUUUCCCAACAGUAAUUAUGGUAAAUCGAAUUUUUUGAAACAAUAAACUAUAAUAUUUAUUUUCUAUUAGUUUAUUAAAGAAAACUCACAAUUCUCCAAUAAUUUCUAUAUUUAUCACGUGAUAAAUAUUUAAAUUAUUGGAGAAUUGUUGUGAGUUUUCUUUAAUAAACCAAUAGAAAAUUGAUAUUUCCAAUAAGAAGAGCUCCUCCUCCUUCAUAAUAUUUAUGAUAAAAUGAUUAAUUAAGCACAGGAAAACAAAUACUGUACUAUGAAUUAAUAUGUCGGGCGUUAUAGCUGCUUAAAGCAUAUUCAGUGUAGUUGUGCAUUUGAGUACCAGAGUAUAUCCUACUACAAACAGUAAAUAUCCAACUGAAUACAGUCUGUAAAAUUAUACAGCAGAACACACUAUGCCAUGUGGGGUAACAAGGCAAUGCCACUGAGCAAGUCAUUUUUAAAUAACUGUUGUGUCUCUUUACUUUGAACCCAAUAAAAAAAAAAAAGUUAAUCUGAACUACCAAAUCUUGUCGUAAAUCUUUAUUAACUUUCAAUUUAGUUUUUGCAAAUAUGAAUAUAACAUUUUAUAUUAAUUAAGAUUAAAACAUUACAAAAUAACAUUAGAAUAUUACAAUUGCAUGUACAUGGUUAGAUUCAAAAUUCUUUCUGUGCAUUUUUGAAAUGUGAAAGUAUAAAAAUGAUAACAUAGUCCAUCCAUUUAAGCUUAAAGGUUAGUUUUAAGAGAUCGCCCUAUGGUAUUUUGUUAUUUUACAAAUAAAACUAUUUUAUUGUUUAUACUUACAGGUUUAUUGCAUAUUUUUAGACAUGUUUUGUACUUAGCAUUCUGUUUACUUAUAGACAAAAGUACUUUGAUUUGAGUUGUUCCGCAUGUUAAUAAGUUAUAUAUUGUAUAUACUAUACUUUAAAUGUCCCUGAUUUAAUAGGCCCUAGUACAUAAGUAAACGACAAUAAUAUGUUGUAAUUUACUCAUUAGUGCUAGAACUGAGAGUUUUAAUAUACAUGGUUGGUUGGUUAUUCUUUAUACAUUUUAUUUUUUGUGAUGACUUUCCUGAUAGUCAACAUCAAGACUUCUUGUAAGUUAAAUAUUUAUACUGUAUAAGUUAAGUUUGGUCAGCAUGAAUUCUUUACCACUGCGUAUUUAAAUAUCUGUUAAAAGUUUACAAUGCAAAUAAAAAAUUAUAUAAAAAGAUGUUUUAUCAAGCAAAUAAAAGUUCAAAGUGAGACCCAAUUA